GAACUUGCCCAGUCCCUCAACUUGGAACACAGACAGUACAGGACACACACAGAGCUGAGAUAAAAGAAAUUAAACAUGAGGAAGAUACAUAAGAAAGGGGGGACGGACAACGAAGGGGGGACGGUCAAUAACGUUGUCCGUCCCCCUUUCUAUGUAUCUUCCUCAUGUUUAAUUACUGUUCCUCAUGUUUAAUUAGUGCUCAAACAACUUGAAACCCCCAACUUCCCCGCUAGGUGGAUCACGUGCCUUUUCUUCGUUUUCUUCUCUCCUUUGUUGCUCUCGCUCUCGCCGUGGCUCUGGUGGCUCUUGCACGCCACAUAUUUAAUGGCCGCUCUGUCGUGUGAGUGCGAAUUGGUUCAGUGUAAAGAACUGUAACCGCUAAUUUUGCCUCAGGGGAACUCUAUGGACUCAAACCUGGGCAGCGACACCUCUGAUCCAGCCAGGGCAUCGUCGCGGAUCUACGUCGGCAAUCUCAAAAAGCACAUUUUGCGCGAGGACUUGGAAAAGCUCUUCAUAAAGUACGGAACAAUACAAGGCAUCUCGCUGCACAAGGGAGGCUUUGGCUUUGUCCAGUUCAGAGAGGAGGAGGAAGCUCAGGCAGCUGUCAAGGGCGAGGGAGGCAUCUUCUUCAAGGGCUGCCUCUUACAGCUGAAAGUUUGCAGUGCACAAGAGUCUAGGCGUCCUCUUCGGGCGAAUUCAAGGGAACGAGAAAGCAGAGACUAUCACCAGGAUCACCCAGAUCGGCGACCAGCCAUGAGCAUGGGAAGGGAGCGCUCCCCGAUUCGACGGGACUUUGACGAGCGAGAAUUUAAGCGGGAUGACAGGUCGCCCAUGGGCAAGCCCUUUGACCGAUCUCCUCCCCGCCGCGGAGACGACGGAUUUCCACCACCCGAUCGCCGCUUCGGGAGGGAGGAGUCGCGUUACGGUCGUGAUGCCCACCCCCCUCCGGCCCCCUACGGCCGAGACGACUUUGGCCGGGGUGGACCCCCCGGUGGACCGCCACGCGACAGCUACGGUGGCCGCUAUGGACGGGACGAGAGAUACCCUGGACGGGACGACCGCGGCUAUGGCCGAGACGAACCACCCCCGCGGCCUUUCCCGCGUGGGGACCCAAGAGGUGAUCCGCGAGCUGAUCUUCGGGGCGAUCCCAGAGGUGACUCCCGGGGCGAAGGCAACGGGCGCUACCCCCGAGACGGCUACUGGGGCGGUCGGGAUGACUACGGUGGCCACCGCGGGCGGGAGGAGCCUCCUCCGGGACCUGGCGGCUACAUGCGGGACGAGCUUCCACUCAGACCCCCCAGGAUCGAGCCCCCGCCGCCGCCAGCCUUCCGGCCAGAAGCGGCCGCCUUGCGCAAGCCAAACGACUGCGAGAUCAUUGUCCUCCGACGGCAGAACAGGAGCUAUGCGGAGAUGGUGGAGCGUCGCCUCAAAAACCUGGGCAUGCAAGUGGACCUGCUCUUUCUCAAGGACGAGGCCCUCCUCAGUCGGGCUCUGGAGGACCUGACCCUGCGGGGCACUCUGUUUGCCGUCGUAGUUACAGACCAGCACGAGCUGCAUGGCAGUGUCACGGUCAACAUUCUCUACGGUGUGCCGCAGGAGCACCGCAACAUGCCACUGGACGACGCCCUGAAGCUGGUGGCACGCCAGUUCCGGGAACAAAUGGAGGCUCAAGAGGCGGCAGCGGGUGGUGCAGACCGGCUCGGGCCAGACCGCGAACUGCAGUUCCUGCUCAAGCUGCUCGUGGAUGGCAAAUAUCUGAGCAUCCCAGAGUUGGACCGCAUCCUCAAGUAUGUCACGGACCGCAGGGACAAGCAGCUGCUGCUCGAAAGGGGGGAGUCGGCUCAGCAACAGCCGCGCACGGUGGGCGGAGCCUCCGCACCCGCCGAGACGCCAGAGCGCCCAAAGCUUGUGGCGCCCCCUGAGGAAGAGAAGCCUUCACAGCAAGAGCUGCAACAGCGAAUCCUGAGCAUGAUUGGGCAACCGGCCCCUACCAGCCCGACGACUGUUGUACAGCAAGCCCCUCCUCCUCAGCAAGUGGCUCCAACUGUUGAGCCGUCUGCAUCGACUUACAUCAACUUUGAUAACCCCAGUGUUCAGAGGGCUCUGGAUAACCUCAUUCACAAUGGCAGUAACUUGCUGAAGACCCUGAGCACUGCUAAUUCUACUGGGGCAUCGCCUGCACUCGGCAAUCAGCAGCCCGCAAAUCCACCCUCUGGUUAUGGUUACGGUGAUGGAGAUUCGUACGGCGGGAAUGCCCCUGGAAUUAACAGCGGUUACGGUGGCCGUCCACAGCAACAACAGUACCCCCAGCAUUCACAGCCACCACCGGCUCAGCAACCUGCACCCCAGCAGCACCCACAGAGAGGUCCUGGCGGCCAGGGAGGGGGCAUGAGACACCCGCUGUUGGGCACGCAGGUGCAGCGGCCCAUGCCACCGGCCAACAGGCCUGGGCCACCUGGUGUGGCCCGCUACUGAGGGGCGCUAAGCCAGGAGGGGCUCCCUGGGUCAUCUUCACCGUCUCCUUGACUCCGCUCUCACCAUAGUUUGUUGUUUUGAAGUGGGUUUGUGUUCUCACUGUGGAAUCUUGUCUUAGUGAUCCCAUCAAAAUGCAUGUUGCCUUCUUCUGUCGCAUUGGCCUCCUUCAAUAAAGCAUAGCUGAGUUGGUUUGUACUUUAAACGUGUGUCUAACCUUUUGUCAUCAUGUACAAUAAAAGGUAAAAAUUAUUGUGUCCUUGUGUUUAAGAGUGGUGUCCUCGUUUCUGACUGAGUUGUCAAGUCUGGGAGGGGUGAAUAAAGUGAAUAAUUUGAGCCUAUGUGGGCUAGCCUGUAAUGUUUCUUUUUCAUUGUUUUUAGACAUGUUUCAUUGGGCUGCAGCUUUGUCACAAAUGUUGCAUAUCACCUGGCCAAGCAUUGAAGUGGUUUUAGGACCACAAGUCUGUUUGUUUUCAGUCAUCGGGAGAAUCUUUGAGGGAGCAAAUGAUGGUUACCUGUAAGGUGAAGACCAGUGUGGUGCCAUCCUCAUGGUGGUGCGAAUGUAGUUUGCACAAAAUCAUCAUAAAAGACUGACACCACUGCAUGAAGAGUUGCAACAGUCCAAGGUUAUAUCCUGCUCCACUAGACGAGGCCUUCCACUGCACUACUUUACGGCACACUGGAGUCUUGCUGGAGGAGAAGACAACCAGCUCGGGUCGGCCCAAUUUUUUCUGUGCUCUAUCUGUACUCAUUGGGAUCUGUAGGAGGUUUUACUUGAAUAUUCUCUGUUGGGCAGUAGCAGUGUCUCGAGUUGAGCUUGAACUUUUGAGUUCUUUAAACAGGUGCUUGCCAUUUAAUGUUCACCUGCCCGAUGACGAUAGCAGCAGUCAAGAUCUGGGCAAGUUCAACCUUCUAGCUGGCAAGAAACCACACUAGUCUACUGUCAUAAGCAUUGUAACUAUGGUCUCUAACCUGGGAGUUCCUCAUUGUGUCUAGGGCUGGUCUUGCAUGCCCAGCUGGCAACAAUCACGAUCGUGAAUUGGCCCUGGUGCUGGACGACUGUUACAGUACUUACCAUGGUACCACAUCUUUUGGGGCUACAUAAAAUUCUUGAAGCUCCUGUUUGUACCUGGGGUGUAAAUAAUUUUGAAAGCUUCCACAUUGAAGUUUAAGCCCCCUCCCCCUCCUCCGAUUCUGGGUGCAUUCUGUCCACAUUAGGAACGUAAUGAUUAUUAUUCAAGGUUGGGGAGGUCUGUUUCCAGUCCCGUGCGUUUGUCACUUUCCUUUUCCAGCAGAGUUUCUGAAUGAAAAAAGGGGGUGCAUUUGCACACAGUGUGCUUUAGAGUUCAACUCUGAAUAAGCUGUAAGAAAUUCUAUAAGUUUGAAUGGUAUGCAUGAAAUAAAAUGGUAUGGUUUCUUUCUAAAUUGUCUCGUUGAGUGGCGCCUUUAGACGACUCUUGGAAUGAACAUAUUCAUAGAACUUGUUUACAUUAUUUCAUUAGAUUAUUGUUUUCGCUAUCGUGUUCGCAGUAAUGCAGUGAGAAUGACAAGUGAAGCCAUGUCGAAGAAUCUCGGGAACACGAGUCCGAUACACUCUUAAAUAUGAGAAGAAAACAUUGUGCAAGUGCAGCUUUGGUUGAUGCUUUUCUUGGGCCAUAGCACGUGUAAAUGAAGUCCGGUAAAAGUGACCUGUUAAUGUAUGAGCACCAUUACGUGAUGUCUAUGAAGCGUAUGGAACGGCAAGAAAACCACCGCCGCAGGAACCUGGGAACAUACGAAAUGUUUUGGAACAAAGUUUGUUUGCGUGGUAUGUGUCUGGAAGGUGAAGUGUUCAAUAAAAAUGUAAGCUACGA